CGUCGCCUCAAGCAGCCAUGGCUGUCGAGUUGGAAGAAAGCAGACCUGGCUGGGAGGGGAGAAGGCAUGGUUGCAGCCGGCCAGACAAUGCGUUGAGACCUAAAACAGUUCGUGCUGAAAAUGGCGCAGGUUGGGUGUACAGUAUAUGCUAGUGACUAUUCGCGCGUUGCGCUAAUCCACAUGCCCCGUGUGAUUCUGCUCGUAGUUCAACCUGGGUGCGUGUUUGCCGAGCGCCGUAAGUACGAACGGUACGUAGCAGAUUGAGUGAGAUUGCGUGUAGUACAGUAUUAGAGGCUGGCUUCAACACUCCUGCCAUAAACCGUCCUUUUUUUGCGCAGUUCACGGUUUCCACACGGCAUCAGGAACCAGCAUUACUUCGCUGGCGCGGCGUAUCCCUGAAAGGCGAGGUCUGUUUAGCAGCUAGAGUCGAAGGCACUUUCUUUUACCGUGCAGAGAAAUUAUCGAGGACUGUACCUUGGUAUUAUCGAAAUUUGAGAAUUCCCAAUAGAAGGUCAUAGCUAUGGCUUCGCACCACCGCCCAUUCAGACCGCUCCGCUUCUUGCGACGCACUUCCCGCUCCCUUCGGUUAUCCCGACACAGCUCCAGAAUACGGUUACCCUGUCCCCAACGGUUAUGCUCUUCGCAAAUAUUCGCUAUCGUCGUCGCUGCAGUUCUCAUCCGCGCGACAAGCGGCGGGCAGGAUUCACGAAGGAGCCUGGUUGGCCGCGACCAGGCGAGUCAGCUGCAAUCGACGGUUCUGUCGCCGAAUGCGGUGUUUCCUAACGUGCUGGGUCGCAUACAGCUCUACGAGGAGGACGGAAUGAGCAGCGAAUCAAAGCUCGCCACGUCGAGCGCUGCGAAAUCGCAUCGACAAGCUUCUGCGUCGCAAGAAUCGUCGUCAUCGUCGCAGUCGUCGCAAUCGUCGCCGUCGUCGUCGCCUGCGGCGUGCGAUCUGGACGACGGUUCCUGGGAGGUUGACGACUCGUGGCCGCUCUACCAAUCAGAGAACUGCCCGUUCGCGCGCGAAGAAACGAUGUGCGCGAAAUACGGACGACCAAAUCAAGACUACGCGAAGCUGAGAUGGGUGCUGGCCGGCGAACGUGGUAACCCUAACAGCGGCACCGGCGACGGUGCAGGCGAGGGUGGCGAAAAGUGCUCACUCACGAAGAUCACGGGUUCGAAUCUCUGCAGGCGCGUCGCAGGGCACCGCAUAGCGUUUGUGGGCGAUUCGUUAUCGCAAAACGCGUUUGAGUCUAUGGCGUGUCUGAUGCACCGAUUCGCGGGAAUGCCGGAAGUGCGGGUGGAGAGACACCGGGAUCGCAUGUACCACUGGCCCAACUGCAACCUCACCGUCGCAUUCUCGUUCCACCAGUUUCUGUCCGAGGUGGCAUGGAACAAGGUCCAGGUGUCAGACGGUGGGGCCAUCCAGCUGGACCAAUCAGGGAAGAGAUGGACGAAGCACAUUAAAGCCUUCGACACAUUUGUUAUCAAUUCCGGCCACUGGUGGUCUGAACGGCAACUGACCCGUUACAACAUAACCUUUGCACCUCCGCACGAAUCCCUCGACUUCCUUCAAGCAUAUCGCCGUGCCCUCAACACAACCCUCUCAGAGUUUCUACACCCAAAACUCGCUAACAAGCAGGUUUUUUUCACCGCCUCCGCCCCGUCCCACGACAUUCACGGACUCUGCCCGGAAAACAAGUUUAUCAAGAAGGGCGACACGAAGCGGGUGAAUCGGAUGCGCCUCCCUUGGACGGUCGAAAAGAACGAAGUUUUAGUUGACGUCGUUCGGGGGUUUGAGCAGAAGCAAGCUCAAGGAGCAAGCGGGUUCCAAGGAGCAAGAAUAAAGCUCCUGGACAUGUAUAACGUGACCCUGUACAGGCAAGAAGCACACCCGUCUACAUACAAUGCGAGGGGCAUUUGGGAUUGCCUGCACUACUGCCUGCCGGGGGUGCCUGAUGUGUGGAACGAGAUUCUCCUGUGGCAAAUGGAGAUUGAGAAGAGCAUAAGAGUGAGGGUGUAGUGAAGGGGAGCUGCAUGUUGGGGCUAUAAUAAUAUUGUGUACCUCCAAAAAGCCAAAUAAAAUCAUGCCAAUGCCAACAUGUCCCUGCAUGUUAA